CGGGGCGGUGACGUAGGCGGCGGCGACGGCAGGCAGAGGGGGCGCCUGGCUGCCGCUGCCCGCAACAGUUAUGGAGGAGAGCGAGGAGUCCCGGGAAGACCUGAAUGGGCUGGACCGGGGUGAGGGUCAGGCAGGGGAGGAAGGAGGAGGUGACGACGACGGUGAAGAUGAGAGCAAUAGGGAGGAGAAGGGGGCAGGACAGCCUCCGCAGAGACCGUCAGUGCUGGACAUUCAGGUGUGUCAUCAUCAACAGCAUCAUCAUCAUCAUCAUCAUCAUCGUUUGGCCUUGGAAAGUUUAUGCGAGGAUGGAUAUGGAGACCAUUCUUCAGAGUCUGAUAUGCGUCUUACGUUGUUGGAACCUGGUCAAGCUCAUUCCUUUGAAAGACUACAUUCUCCUGGCAAAAUUGUAAAUGAGCUUUUUAAGGAAGCAAAGGAGCAUGGAGCUGUGACUGCAGAAGAAGCCAGUAAAUUAUCAGAAGACCUUUUUAAAGCAAAAUUGUUCGCCGGGGGUGGAUACAAGCUGGGCGAUUCAUCAGUGAAGCAGUCUGAAUACAUUCGAGAUGAUGAGCUAUUGCCUGGAGGAUCUGAUGUGCAGAUAUUGCUGAAGCUCUGGAGCAAUGGAUUCAGUUUGGAUGACGGAGAGCUUCGAUCUUACACAGAUCCAUUUAAUGCUCAGUUUCUGGAAUCCAUUAAGAGAGGGGAAAUUCCGAUGGAACUCCAGCGAAUGGUUCAUGACAGCCAAGUCAGUAUAGACAUGGAAGACCAUCAAGACCAAGAAUACGUGAAACCAAGGCCGAAAUUCAAGGCCUUCAGUGGUGAGGGGAAAAAACUUGGAAGCCUGACACCUGAAAUAAUAAGUACCCCUUCUUCUCCUGAAGAGGAACACAAGCCAUUUUUAAAUACUGAAGUUGAACUUGACGAAGAUGUUCCAACAACAAAAAUUCAGAUUAGACUUUCUGAUGGAAGUCGCUUAAUCCAAAGAUUCAACCUCAGUCAUAGAAUCCUGGAUGUGCGUCAGUUUAUCAUACAGUGUCGAUCAGACUUUGCUCAGACUGAUUUUACUUUGAUGACCACUUUUCCAAACACAGAACUGACUGAUGAGAACCAGACACUGGAAGAAGCAGAGAUCCUUAACACUGUGAUUCUUCAGAGAAUGAAGUAAUGUUCCUUGUACAUGAGCUGUAGCUGAAGAAUUGUGUAAUGAGCCAUUUGCUGGCCCCAACUAGUAGGAGCUACAGCCUAAAACUCACACUCUUGUGCACGUAUUGUUCCACAUUCUCAUUAACACGUGUGCUGAUCUGUAGAAAUGUAAACAGGACAUUUUAAUCUGUAUUUUGACACAGAAUCAGCUGCACAGUUUGUACAGACGUCCAGUUUUUUAGGUUUGAAGCACUGCAUUUUAUAUAUACAGUAACUACAUAUGGGAAAGUUUGUUGAGGAAACGUAUUUAGGUGCCGUUCUAUGGUGUAAUUGCAGAAAUGUUUCCAGCGUGUGGUGGUGAGAGGACACGACCAGGUCAGUUAUUUAGUUUCUCUAUAAACUGAUUAUUUUAUACAGAUGUGUCCUCAUGCACCUUGCCCCAAUACGCCAUGCAGCUUGAGACACCUGCCGCUCACGAGCUGUGCCGAGCAAUGUAAUGCAGCAACAUUUGUACAAAAUUGUCUUAUUUGUAGCGUAGACACAGCGAUAUACCUCUCACUCUGCACCAGAGAUGCUGUGCUGCCACGUUAACCGCACAGGAAUUGGUUUUAAAUCUCUCCAGUCUUAGAUGAAGCACAGUGGAACGUGGGAUGAUAAAAAACAGCUGCUGCCACUGUAUUGUACAUCUUCGUAUACAACAGUGUUUCCCAACCUCAGUCCUCAAGGCACACCUACGGUCCAGGUUUAAGGAUAAAUAAACUUGAGCGCAGUUGACUUAAUUAGUACUAUAGGUAAUUUGAUUUAAUCAUCUACUGAAGCAUGAAUAUCCUCAAAACCUGAACUGUUAGUGUACCUUAAGGACUGCGGCUGGGAAAACACUGGUGUACAGAUUCAGACUCAUUCGCACACAGAUGGGAAGAAAACUUUAUCCAAGGGAAGCUGGUACUUAACAUUAAGAAUGUGGAGACCGAAUAAAUGAGUUAAAUAUUGCAGUACUCAACAUAAUAAAACAAAGAGAAUACAGAAACAUGGUAUACAGUAGUAGCCACAUAAAAGGCAAUACCCACCAUAAUAAAAUGGGGCGUAUACUGAGACAGAACACUGUAGCUAAUGGGAGAGUACCACAACAGAAUAGAUUAGCUGACUAAUAAAGCAUACUAUACUGUAAUAGGUAGAGUACCGUGGCAGAAUAAUUUAGUUAACCACUUGCCUGGCAUGGUCGCGUCAGAGGCGACCACACCAGCAAGUGUCUUAUCUGACCUGGUCGCACAGGAUGCGACCUGUCAGAUGAAGUGUGUUAGCAGCGGCGGGGAAGGGAAACUUCUCUCUGCUGCUGCUGUCAGAGGGUCUGGAAGGUCCCUCUGCCUCCCUGCACCCUCCCCUCAGUGUUGCCGUGCUGCUGAUCAUUGCUGAUCGGUCAGCACGGCAGGAUCCACCACCCAGCAGCUGCAGAUACUGGCAGUCGCUGAGAAAGUGUAAAACAAGCACCCCCUGUACCUGGCAGCAGUCUUGGGUGUAAAAAGUAACGUCACGUUACCGAUUUUCCCGUCCGAUGUUUGAACAAAAUAUUGUUGUUUUCUCAUACGUCCUAGAGGAUGCUGGGGAUGCUUCAAGAAC